UAUGGACGACAAACUUGACAUGACAGAAAUUGAAAAAUUUGACAGAUCAAAACUGAAUAAAAUUAUUACCACAGAAAAAAAUACGCUUCCAUCGAAGGAAACCAUCCAACAAGAGAAGAAGUGUGAUAAGAAGACCACAAACUGAAGGUCACAUUUGAAGAAUAAAUGUCAACAUUGCCAAGCAA